AUUUAAUCUUCCCUUAUUCUUGACAAAAGGGAAACCCUAAAGUGGAACUCGUAUCCCCCAAAAGAGAGAACAGGGAGAUGACGCAGAAGGGCAAUCUGUUCAAAGGCCAGCAGAAGAAGAAAUCCAUCCCUCCCAAUCGCCAUGGCAAAGUCUCUCACACUCGAAAGGGGAAGAGAGCGGUGAAGCCAUCGAAGGUUACCAAAGAGAUGGACGCUGAUAAAGAGCUAAGCAAGUUUAUAAAUUACUGCAAUGAGGUAAAAGCUGCUACAGUUGCUAAUAAAGAUGGUGGCCAGUUAAGUAUCGUUAAACCACAGGCAGAUUCAUCAAGUGGUGCCAAGAAGUAGAUGGACAUGCGGCAGGUGUAUGUGAGUUGUAUAAGCACAAUUUUGAGUUUACAAAAAUGCUAGUUUCAAGUAAAUUUUAAUUUACCUUCUACCGAUUUGUCAUUCUUGGUGAUUUUACAUAUUGUGCGUGAGAAGUAUGAAGAAAUGAAAUAUAUAGCACGUCCUUCUGUUAUA